AGCCUUCAUUGAGUUCGUUUGAGGUUAUUCCUCUUUCUUCACAAGCUAGCUGCUGUCACUUCAAGGGGGUGCGGUCGAUUCCGAUCUUCGCCACGGAAACAGAAUUUUUUCAAUGCGAUGACCGCCUCGGCCCAGCUCGCUUUGGCCGUCACCAACAGGCAGCGUUGCGCUGGCUUUUGAUCGAUAUUACUGUAUAAUGGCCCAUGCUCGCAAGGAUGACUGUCCCAAAUUCUGCGACGAUAUCCUGUCUCUGCCACCUCUGGGGCCGCACGAUGUAGUGUCGGACAGAGCCAACAUCGACUUGUUGCUCAACCAGUUGAUGGAACAGCCUAAUUGGUUCUCAGGCAAUCGUCAUUUCGAAGAGCAACUGCAGGGCGAAUAUCGAACCUUGCAUCCCCACCUCCUUUCAUCGCCAGCGGAACCAUGCGAUGUCCUCGAUAAUUUCUGUCUAGAUGGCUCAACUGGCAGUGCGGCGCACAAUGGUUCCAGCAGCCAGGAAGAUAGCCUUAGACGAGUAGAUUCCAGUUAUACGUCCGUACUGUCCUCCCAGGCUGCUGAUGGGGAUAGUGGCUUCCUCGCCGGCGCUUCCUUGUCUUCGGACAUAGCCCCUACCGACUCAACUCCGGCGAAGACGAAGAAAUACCAGCGGCUGUCCAAGGAAGCAGUGGAUAUCCUGAAAUUAUGGCUUCAUGAACACCGAGAUUGUCCAUAUCCAAGCGAACACGAAAAGACGGAGUUGAAACAGCAGACUGGAUUGACUAGGACGCAAAUCUCCAACUGGUUCACCAAUGCUCGACGACGCAAAACCAUCGACAUGGCGUCUUUGCCAGAGGUAAAUCAGGUCGACACACCUUUUGAACGCUGGAAGAAUUCACCUCCUGAAAAUGAAGCCGCUACAACUUCUGAUAUCAUGCGCGCACUGGCAGAUAUGCCCGAUUCUUUCGAGAGCGGCUCUGGCUCCAUGCAUUCUGUCUCCCAGAGAGAGUGGUCCAGCAACGGUUCCAGCGGUGCCUGUUCGACCACAUUCAACGCAUCUUCUGCCAGCAGUUUCGAGCACAGUCAAGCCUCUGGCUCUGAAGGGUCCUAUAGCCAUUCGCAGCGGGCACCCCUGAGAUCACCUACCCCUAUCCCUAAUGCAAGACCUCGUCGUCGCUAUCGGCGACACCGAUUUUCCACAAAGACCUUCAGCAAACGAAAAGCACAGAACGGACGCCCAUUCCAAUGCACAUUCUGCGCCGACUCAUUCUCUACCAAGUACGACUGGCAGCGGCAUGAAAAGACACUGCACUUACCCGUGGACCAGUGGAGCUGUACACCCCAGGGCGGCAUCAUCGAUAUCGAAGGGACGAGCGUUUGUGCAUUUUGUCAUACAUCAGACGCAGAUGAUGAACACCUCAAUUGUCAUAACUAUUUAAUAUGUCGCGAGAAACCCACCGAGCAACGGACCUUUUCCCGAAAAGACCACCUUAAACAGCACCUCAAACUAAUACACAAUGUGGACUAUCAUCCUGCCAUGGAGAAAUGGCGAAGUCAAAGAACCUAUAUGACGUCAAGAUGUGGAUUUUGCGAUGCGAAUCUGGAAUCCUGGGAGGAAAGAGUAGACCAUGUGGCCGAGCACUUCAAGGAAGGGGCGGAUAUGAUUCAGUGGAGAGGCGACUGGGGAUUCGAGCCUGCUAUCCAGAACCUGGUCGAGAAUGCGAUGCCAUCCUACCUUCUCGGUCAUGAAAGACACACGCUCGAUCCUUGGAAAAGCUCGGAUGUUCUGGGGCAUCUAGAAGACGAAGAGCAACCAUUCAGUACGAAUGUCCCAAACGGCCUCGACCGCUAUACCAAUCUCCAACGUGAACUUGUCACGUAUAUCCAUAAUCAAAUGGCCGAGGGGAAUCAUCCAUCUGAUGAGAUGAUCCAAUCCAGAGCUCGUCAGAUCGCGUAUGGAGAUGACGAUCCUUGGAAUCAGACAUAUGCUGAUGACCCGACAUGGCUGAGUGCUAUCAAGCGUGAUGCAGGGCUAGAAGGCAGUGUUGAACCAAAUAUCCGGCCACCAGAAGAAUCCUGAUGGAUUAUAUAUCGAUGGAACACUUUUUAUAUUUAAUUCUGACUUUAUGCUGUCUCGGUUGUUGAUGUACAUAUUUCGAUCUUUGUCCGCGUACUAUGCUUUUAUAUAUCCCCGACUGCGGAGACUAGAAUCUCAUUAAACACAAAUUAAGUGUUAACCCAAAC